UCAAAGCUUCAAUCAUUUUCAUUUGUGGGUACUCUUUCUAUUCUCAUCACACUAACCAUGAAGACUCUUUCGAAUAAGCUGGCGAUAGCGACUCCUUCGUUGGGUCUGCACGAAUCAAAUUCUCUGGACCGCAAAAUACGUGCAGCAUCCGAACAGGGCUUCGCUGGCAUCGAGAUUGUCUUUGGCGAGCUCGAGAGACACAGCCACAACCAUCGCAUCACUAUUGAUGCCGCCGCUCGAGCUGUUCGUCAGAUGUGUGACAUCUAUUCCCUCGAAGUGAUAUCUCUGCGUCCGUUUGUGGAUUUCCAGGGAAGUCGCACAAGUCUGGAAGCACGGUUGGCAAAAGCCAGUCUAUGGUUGGAUAUUGCUCGCAUCCUAGGAGCCACCUUCAUCCAGGUUCCUUCCCAAUUCGACAUCAAGGCUUCCAGAGCCGAGGAUGUGAUCGUGCGAGAGCUCCAGCAACUGUCAGAUCUUGCCAGUUUUGGAUCGCCCGUCGUCAAAAUAGCCUACGAACCUAUGUCAUGGGGUAUAUGCUACCCAACAUGGGAAACGGCUCUUCGACUCACCAACCUUGUUGACCGCCCAAACUUUGGGAUUUGUCUUGACACUUUCCAUAUUGGCACCAGACUUUGGGGUAGCCCUUUAGUGGCCUUCGGCAAGUACCUCAAUGCAGAUGCUCAUCUGGUGGAUUCUCUUCGUCGCUUCGUAGCAGAGUUCCCUCUCGAGAAGUUGUUCUUCGUACAGCCAUCAGACGCGGAGCUACUUGACCCUCCUCUGUCGACAUCACACCCUUGGUACGUAGAGGGCGAGGCAGCACAGAUUACAUGGUCGAAGCACGCAAGACCUUUUCCGCUAGAGAAUGACAUGGGAGGAUAUCUGCCUGUUGCCGAAAUCUUGAAGGCGUGGGUUGUCGACAAAGGGUUUACGGAGUGGAUCUCGUUCGAAAGCUUCGACCGCCGUAUGGCCGACGAGUCCUACGAUCCCAAAGGAGCUGCUGUCAGAGCUAGACAGUCCUGGCAGAAGAUCCUACCCCUGAUCUUGCCAGCAAGAGCUACCUUGUGAUGAUCACAAUGGUCUUACGGACGAAGUUGUUAUGACAAGAUAUGUGAAACGAACCGAUUCUCAAUUUC